AUGUCAUUUGGAACUUCAUCGGCAUCAACGUCGGGCUCACAGUCUCAUCAGUCUGUUGCCCAAGACAGAGCCUUCUGUAAACCACUCCUGCAACGUCUGUGGUUCUUUGAGGCCCACAAGCUGAAGUUUCACCUGGAGACCCACAAAAGACAAGAGGACCGUCAGCUGCCAUAUCGCUGCGUUAUAUGUCUGCGUCAGUAUCACAAUCGUCAGUCUUGGAAUGAUCACAUGAACACCCAUACUGGAGCCAAACCGUACAAGUGUAAUGUGUGCCCGUCAACAUUUGCCCAUCGCAUUGGUCUCCACAGACACAAACUCACCCAUGAGAAAGAGUGUCCAUUCAAGUGCCCCUAUUGUAGUCGUGGUUUCAAGGUCAAGGCCAACCUUAACGCUCACAUAACAAUGCAUACUGGCAUCAGCAAACACACAUGCAAUGCUUGUGGGAAGGUGUUUACAGUCGCCACCUCACUCCGUCGUCAUAAGUGUCAGCCGAUUGGCUCGAAACAGGAAUCGUCUGAGAAGGAAACAGAAGAGCCGUACACCUACAUGUGUGGCGUUUGUAAUAUGACCUUCCAGACCCUCGAACUGGCAGAGACUCAUUCCCUGACUCAUGUAGAUGGCGCCACCGGGGAUAUGAGUCUGGUGGGUGUCCAGGUGGAAGAGGUGACUGACAAUUCAGAUUUCGCUACAUCUGGUUCUGUGGAUGCGUCAACAACUUACAUUGUACAUAACAAUGGCCAGUCUGUUACUGCCAGUGAUAUUUCAGCUAUUAUAUCGUCGGUCGAAGAAUAUCAGUCAAGAAGGUGA